AAACAUCGUCGCAACUGUCAACCUUGACUGUCGCUUGGAUUUGAAAACCAUCGCACUCCACGCAAGAAAUGCGGAGUACAACCCAAAGGUAUACUUUCCACACCUCCCUGAAGUGUCUUCAUGCGUCAGGGUACAGUGUGGCUGAACUGUUUGUUUUCUCUGACUUAGCGUUUCGCUGCCGUCAUCAUGCGUAUUCGAGAACCGAAGACCACUGCGUUGAUUUUCGCGUCCGGAAAAAUGGUCGUCACCGGUGCCAAAUCGGAAGAUGACUCCAAGUUGGCCUCCAGGAAGUACGCUCGGAUCAUCCAGAAGCUUGGUUUCAACGCCAAGUUCACGGAUUUUAAGAUCCAGAACAUCGUCGGCUCUUGUGACAUCAAGUUCCCCAUUCGUUUGGAAGGUUUGGCCAGUCGUCACCACAAUUUCAGUUCUUAUGAGCCUGAAUUGUUCCCCGGUCUCAUCUAUCGUAUGAUGAAGCCCAAAAUUGUUCUAUUGAUCUUCGUCAGUGGCAAGAUUGUCUUGACAGGUGCCAAGGUCCGUGAAGAGAUCUACCAGGCAUUCGAGCUGAUCUACCCUGUGCUUUCUGACUUCCGCAAGGUCUAAGCCUAUGCGUUGAUUCUUCAGGCACAGGAGAUCAUCAAAGCAUACUUCACACUUCUCUAUUACCUUGUAUUAUCACUUUCUUAUUCUGUUUUUGCCCGGAGGUUUCGAGUAGGACUAUGUGCCUCGCUCACUCUUUGAUUUUACGAUUGUUUAUGCUAGCAUUAUCCGGCGUUCUAGCGAUUCGAAGGUGGUUACCCGGUUGUCUACUUUUUCACGCUCAAAGAUUACAAUUAGAUAGUCGCACACCGCAGGAUUAGGAGGCGGUACUGUGCGCUGGUCGAAUGGUUGCCUCCUUAAUUAUUUGUCCUUUGCCUAUUGACAAGGAAGUUGGGUUACUGGUUUGAGAGGGAAAAAUGGGAAAAAGCCAGAAAAAAAAAGUUCUCGUUCGGGG